AUGCUCUUCCGUCGCUGGGGUGGUGGGUAGGUCAGGCGCAAACAUGGACGACGCUGAACUGCCCGGGCCGACUGAGGGAGUCCGUGAAAACCAAGUUCAGUCAGCAACAGAUCGGGGAGGAGCCCUGGUGGAGCUCACCCCGACCCCCGGCGGCGUGGCCCUAGUGAGUCCCUACCACACCCACCGGGCCGGGGACCCCUUAGACCUCGUGGCGCUCGCAGAGCAGGUGCAGAAGGCUGAUGAAUUUGUCCGAGCAAAUGCCACCAACAAGCUGACAGUGAUAGCUGAGCAAAUCCAACAUUUGCAAGAACAAGCCAGGAAGGUAUUAGAAGAUGCUCGCAGAGAUGCUGACUUGCACCAUGCAGCUUGUAAUAUAGUGAAAAAACCUGGCAACAUUUACUACCUUUAUAAACGAGAUAGUGGUCAGCAGUAUUUUUCUAUUAUUUCUCCAAAGGAAUGGGGAGCAAGUUGUCCACAUGACUUCCUUGGUGCCUACAAGCUACAGCAUGACUUGUCCUGGACUCCAUAUGAGGACAUUGAGAAGCAAGAUGCCAAAAUCAGCAUAGUGGACAAGUUGCUAAGCCAACCAGUGGCCCUGCCUCCAAGUCCUGACCCCAACUUCCAGGGACUGACUCAUUGAGAACAGACUCUGACAAACAAUUCUCAUGGCAAGGACGUGCCACCUCCUUGUUACCCCCAUUCUCUGCCUUGAUGGGAGAUGGCAUGAGAAUUGAAGGUGUGUAGGUGAAUCAUGAACUUCUUGCAGAGAGGCCGUGUGUGACUGUAGUGCUGUCAUUUUUAGUUUCAGUUGGGGUGGUAAUGAAUCACAUCAGUCUUUUUCAGGAUCUUCUUUGGGUCACAGAUACCCAGCCAGUCAGUUUCAGCAUACUGACCAGUGUACCUACCUUCUCUUUUGUCUCCCUCUGUGCUUGUAAGUCAGAGCAUUGGAGAAAGAAGAGUUUCUUUUUCCUGUGAAAAGGUUGGCAAGGAUUACCAGAGGGAACUGUUUUAAAUUUUUUUUUUUUUUUUUUGUAAUUAGUCUUUAAGAUUGGGUUUAGACUACUUAACAGUUGAUACAACUUCAAUUUCAAAUUCAUCUGGGAACAAAAAUAUUGGGUAAUGGAGGAGGAUAACCAACUUGGCUGCACUACAGAGUGAGUGAUUCUGGUAUUUCUGCACUGUUGGUGAGGUUUCGCUCCCCCCUCUGCUCUUCCUGCCUCGCUAGAGCAACUAGAGAAUCUGAGGAAGCAGCAAUGGCCAGGUUGUGGGAGAGCUGGCAUCUAAACUCACCAAGUUUUAGACUUGGAAGAGAUCUUGGAGGCUGCUACUAACCAUCAUAUAAGCCACUCUAUAGCUUCACUGAGGAAGAGAUUCAGAGUUCAGGCCUCUGCAGCAAGACAAAUCCAUUUAAAUGGAAAGUUUAAAAUAUUGUGGAAAAGAGAAUAGAGCAGUGGGGGAGGAACAAGAAAAAUAGCCAACCUGUUGAGUAUGAGUUAAGUCAGAUUGAAACUCAUUUUGUCCUGAAUUAUUCCAGAACGUAACAGACUUUUUGGUUGAGUUACUGUAGUUCUGAACCUGACUGGACACCUGUGGGACUCUAUCUCACUUCCUGUUUAUUCAGUGGAAUUAACUGUAUAGCAUAAUGGCACUACUUCCUUCAGUGCCCUAUAAUCCAUCACAGCAUGCUGUAAAAGGGGAGGUGUGUACUCGGAACCACAGUUGCCCAAGUUCCAUUCUGGGGAUGGAUGUUCCCCGUGCUGAUCUGCUUGGUAAACCUUAACACCACCUUCUUUUUCCUGGCCUUUCCUUAAGUGAUGUACUCCUUGUGAGCAUUUGGUGCUAGAACCUAGAACCUGACAAGGUCACCCAGGUGAUAAACUUGAUCACUUCAUUUCACAAGAGGAUCUCUAUGGAGUCAGCUGCAAAAGCCUUUGGGACGCACGCACUCUGGUGGUAUAGUGGUUGAUUCUGGCUACAGAAAGAUCCCCAGGUUUUCAGAAGCUUCUGACCUGCCUGGUAAUGAUACAUUUUUAAUGGGUGCUUUAUUAAUUAUGUAUUGCUGUAUAGAUCACAAACUUGGUGGCUUAAAACAACAUACAUUUAUUACUUCAUAGUUUCUGUGGGUUGGGUUCAGGCACACUUGAUAGGUUCUCCACUUCAAGGUUUCUCACAAGACUGCAAUCAAAUCGUUGGUCAGGACCAGGGCUCGGUUCUCACCUGAAGACACAACUGAGGAAGGAUCAACUACCAAGCUCACUUAAGUUGUUGGCAGAAUUUUAGUUCCUCAUGGGUUGGACUGAGGUUGUUGACUUUAUUUACUAACAGACUUAGCCAGAGGCUGCCCUUAGUUCCUUGCCACGUGGGUCUCCUGAACAUGCAACUCUUUUUUUUCCCUUCUCCAAUCCAUUCUGCAAAGAUCAGCUUGAUCUUACCUAAGGUCACACAACUCAUAAGCAUUGAGCACCUGUCUCUUUCACAAUAUAGUGUUUAUUAAGGAGCCAGCACUUGAGAGGAAAGAGCACCUAAGUGCCUGGAGCAGUUAGACUUUUGUAGUGCCAAGCAGCAGUUGAUUCAAUUGUCUACUCCCUUCUUGAAAGGUUUUUUUCCUUCAUUUUGAUUUGGAAUUACCAUCUACAUUUCUCCUACUUCACCAAUUGCACCUUUUCAGUCUCCUGACACGUAAACUGCUUUGGUCCAAAUCCUUGGCCCUCUUCCCUUUCUACUAGGUGAUCUAAUCCACUCCCUUAACUUUAAAUACCACCAUGUGCUGCUGACUCACAUGCAUGUCCAGCCCUGAGCUCUCCCUCAAGUUUCGUGCAGGCUCACUCAUGAAAAAGCCUUACCUGAAGUCAUUACAAGCUUAACAUGUCCAAAACAAAAGCCUUAGGUUUUACCCAAAAACUUGUUUCAUCACCAGUUUUCUCUACAUGUUUCCAUCAGCACCUAUCGACCUAAGCCAUCCCCGAUUCUGUUCGUUCUGUCCACCCCAAUCAGCAAGUCAUGUUAGCUUUGCCUUCCAAAUACAUCAGAAAUCUUGACUGCUUCAGACCACCUCCACCACCACCCCUUAGCCCACGACACCGACAUUUCUGGCCUGGACUGAUGCCGUAGCCUCCUGCCUUGGCUCCCUGCCUCUACUCUCACUCUCCUUCGUUCUCCACAGAGACUGUCAGCAUCAUCUUUUAAAAUUAUAAAGCAGGUCACAGCGCUUCUGUAUAAAAACAACCCAAUAAUUCCUCAUUAUACGUAGAAUAAAGUCCAAACUUCUUGCCAAGGUAAUAUGUGAUUUACUAUUCUCAGUACUCACCAUGUGCCCAGUGACCCUUCUGUUCUGUCACAUGAAGCUUGUUUUUGCUACAGAGCCUUUACUUUUGCUGUUCCCUCUGCCUGGAAUAUCCCCUGAGAUCUUUGCAUGGUGUGUAUCUUCUCACCAUUUAGGUCUUACCCAAAUACUGCUUCACUGACGACCCUGUCAGAAAUACAAACUCUCACGUCAAAAUGACUUCCGACUGUUUUCUGAAGCCCUUACCACAACCAGUCAUUACUGGCUGUGUUUUCCCAUAGGACAGAAACGGUGUCCGUCUUAUUUACUGCUCUAUUCCUAGCACCUAAGAUAGUGCCUGGUACAUAAAAAACACUCUAAUGAUGGAUGGGUGGACACCUGGAGCUCUUCACUUAUGCCUGCAAAGGAUCGCAGUCAAUGUAGCUAGUAGAAAUACAACGUGAGGCACAUGUGUGAUUUUAAAUUUUUUUAGUAGUUACAUUAAAAAAAUGAAACAGGUGGCAGUAACUUCAUUAAUGCAUUUUAUUUAACCCAGUAUAUGUAAAAUACAUUUCAACAACACUAAAAAAUAUUUUAAAUUCUUGUUUUUUAAUAGGGUAUUCUAACAUGUAUUUUACCCAUACAACACAUUGCAAUUUGGACUAGCCAUGUUUUAAAUGCUUAAGAACAAGAUACAGCCAGUGGCUAACAUGUUACCACAAAUGUAGAUAGUCUACCCUUCCUGUUCUUGUUCUUCACUUCCUGUGACAUCCAGAGUGGGGAGAAGCUAGAACCUGACAGGUGAAGAAGAGGGGCUUUCUUAGCUGCCCCUGCUUCUCUCCCUCUUCUGGAGGAAGCCUUGGG